AUGCCACCCAUCCUCCAUCUCGUCCGCCACGCCCAGGGUCUACACAACGUCUCCACUAGCAACCACAUCCUCCACGACCCAGAUCUCACCGCGCUCGGCGAGCAACAAUGCUCCGACUUACGACGACGAGGAUCCCCUUCCUCGUUUCCCCAUCAGCAGAUCGACCUCGUCGUUGCCAGCCCGAUGAAACGCACCAUUCGCACGGCUUUGCUCGCAUUUGGAGAAACUAUCCUCGAACCCAAGUCCCUGCAAGUCGUGUGUUUGCCGGAGUUGCAGGAAACGAGUGAUUUGCCGUGCGAUACGGGGUCUACGAGAGAGGAGUUGGAGGGGCUGUUUCGAGGGCAAGCGGUGGAUUUACAGUAUGUGACUCCUGGUUGGGAUCGGAAAAUUGGGCGUUGGGCUCCGGAUAGGGAAGCUGUGCAGGCUCGGGCACGGCAGGCUCGAGUGUGGUUGAAGAAUCGGCCGGAGAAGGAAAUUGUGUGUGUGACACAUGGUGACUUUUUGCAUUAUUUUAUGGAGGAUUGGAGUGAAGUUGACAGAACAGGUUGGGCGAAUGCAGAGUACGUUUUUUUUUGA